UUCCCUCUCUACCAACCAGCUCACCAACUCCAUCCCCUCUAACAUUGGCUUGCUGACAAAGCUGGUAACCUUGGGCCUUCAGAAUAACCAGCUCACGGGCUCAAUCCCUGCAGAAAUUGGUUCACUACGUCGUCUAACAUACCUGUCCCUUAAUUAUAAUCAGCUGACGGGUUCCAUCCCUGUGGAGAUUGGAUCAAUAUCAUCUCUUUCAUUUCUCUCUCUCGACAGCAACAUGUUGUCAGGAUCUGUGCCCUCCUGGAUCACAAAGCUCACUGCUCUUACUUACCUCUCUCUCGAGGCCAACAUGUUGUCAGGAUCUGUGCCUUCCUCGAUCACAAAGCUCACUACUCUUACUUUCCUUUCCCUCUCUACCAACCAGCUCACCAACUCCAUCCCCUCUAACAUUGGCUUGCUGACAAAGCUGGUAACCUUGGCCCUUCAGAAUAACCAGCUCACGGGUUCAAUCCCUGCAGAAAUUGGUUCACUACGUUGUCUAACAUACCUGUCCCUUCAUUUCAAUCAGCUGACGGGUUCCAUCCCUGCGGAAAUUGGAUCAGUAUCAUCUCUCUCAUAUCUCGCUCUCGACGGCAACAUGUUGUCAGGAUCUGUGCCCUCCUCAAUCACAAAGCUCACUGCUCUUACUCUCCUGUUCGUUAAGUUUAAUCAGCUGACGGGUUCCAUCCCUGCGGAAAUUGGAUCAGUACCAUCUCUCCCAACGCU